CAGAGACCUGUGCCUUGCAACCAGCAGACGCCACCCCUACACACACUGGGGAGGGUGUUGUUGGUUACAGGGGUAGAUUGAGAUUUGAGGUGCAGAGAUUCAUUUCCACAGGGCUGUUUAUUGACGGCCUGCAUUGCUGCCAUCCUUUGGGAAUUGUACUCAAGGGGAUAGAAAGGGGAGGAUUGGAAUGUUGUCAAUCCGUUUCGCACAGAAGUAGAACGGGAAAAGCAGACCCUCUAUCCUCUCUCUAUCUGGGGAGGGAAAGGAGGGAUACAAAUGAAAGGGUCUCAGGAGGACAGAGAGGGGUGGGAGAGCAUUCUGGAGAGACAGAUCACCAGCCGAGGGUCAGAGCUGGGGCGCAGACUAGACUCCCACAGGGAGUGUGUCCGCAAAGUUCAACUGACCCAAGAGGCGUGGACCUUGACUGACCCUCUUACCCAGUACUGGCUCAGUCAGGAUGGAGAACAAUCCAUGGAUUCCAGGAUUUACCUGCUGGAGAAGAUCUUACCGUCUCUGGUUCCAUGUGUCGGGCAGCUCCUUAGAGAGGCAGAGCGGAGGGGAGAGACUGAGGGAGAGGGAGAAGAAGGGGAAAGGAGGAGGGGUGAGGUUGAAAUGGGUUCAUCUCCAUUCAGUCCCCUGCUUUAUCUGGGCCAUUGCUUGAAAAGGUCCUCCUCCUCCUCCCCCUCUCUUCAUCCCCCUCUCAAUUCCAUCCCCCUCCUUUCUGACCGAGAAGAGGCAGAGGCAGCCCAGUACCGCCUGGGGCUGGAGCUCACCCUGCAACUGCUACAUGCACCAGGCAGCCGCUUGUCUGAGCUGAAGAGGCAGGUGGGGCAGUGCAGGGUGGAGCUGCAGAGAGGAGAGGAGAUCCAGAGGCGUACCGUGGAGAGACGGAGGGAGUGUCUGGCACUACACUUCACUGACUGGAGGCUCCAAGCAGACCACACCCUCUCUCUGUACCUGGUGCAGAAUGCUCUACUCAGCUUCAAGGAACUCCUUAAUUUCAAAAGUUCAGAUGAUCAGUUGGCCUGGGACCUGAACACCAAUGAUUCCGGCACACCUGACUCACUACAGCAAGACCAAUUUGUCCAUUAUGUGUGUCAGUAUGUCUCAGGGCUCUCCGAGGAGCAGUUCCAGCUGUUUCUGGAACAUCUCUCCCUGUGUAGCCGGGAACACGGCUGUGCUGAGAAUUUGAGGCUCUGGACAGAGACGCUCUCUCAGGCCUUCUCCCACUGUGACUGUGCUAAGACUGGGUGUCUGGACAGACAGAGAGUGUUGCUCCUUCUGCUGCGUUUCUACCAUGAUCAGAAUGAGAGCACACAGGAGUCCAUGCAUGAUCCUAACUACUGGCCAUUACAAGGACACAACCACAUGACUUGUGGUCUCCUUGGAAGCCCUGUAGCCAUGGACACAGAGAAGACCUGUACGCAAUGUGACGCUGGACAGGGGGACAUGCCGCAUCCUUGCCAUGAGAUAAAGGGGGGAGAAGAGAGGAAGGGAGAGGGGAACAGGGUUACCCCCACAGAGAGCCUGGAGCUGGGGCACCAAACUGCCAUAAACAGCCCAGAACCUCCAGAGGACCGAGGGAACAUAGAAGAGGUCAUGAAGGGGUCAGGGUCAGACACCCCAGCGCUGAACAUAGAGGAGCUAUGUGUUGUCAUGGAGUCUGGUCCCCUACCUGAAGAAGCAGAGGAUCCUGGGUCACCCUGGACCAUGUGUGCCUAUGACAGUCAGACGGUGAGCCGAGGGCAGUUCCUGCAGCUUGUGCUCAGUUUCCUGGGCAGAGCAUCCAGUGGUGCUAUGGUGGACAGCCUGGCUGAACACAUCAAAGCUGGCUACAGAGAGAAAGGGAGUGAGAGACUGCGCCAGCUGCAGCAGUGUAACCGGCAGAAAGAAGAAGACAGGAGGUCAAAGGAGGUGUCGUCUCUUUUCUUCUCCUGGGACAGCGAGGGCAGAGGAGCCGUGGACAGAGAGGAGGUGGAGAGAGAGCUAAGUCUGUACAAGGAUGGAGCAGAGGAAGGGGCCUUACAGAGAGCCUGGCAGCAUGGUGAGCCACCUCUCUCCAGCUGCUCUGUCCUCUCUCUGGGACAAUUCCAGGCCUUACUGAGGGCUUUCCUGGUGGAGCUGCCUCCAGAGGAGGGCUCAGGGGUCUGGGCCUUCCAGGAGCUCCUGGUCUACCUGCAGGAGCGGGCAACGCUGCGAGGGGGCAAGGACAGGGGCAGAGGGGCUACCAGGCAGGCCUGGCUGCAGGAGAUUGGGAGAGCAGCCCAAAGAGGUGCAGCCCAGAUGGAGCCUGUUUAUGGGUCUGUGUUUAGCGCCGUGCUCAGAGAUGCGGAGGUGAAUGCGGAGGGGAAGCUGUUGAGUGUCUCUGUAGCCCUGCUGGAGGAAGAGGGCUCUAGGCUGCGUUACGUGGCCUGCACUACUGAAGAUGCCCGUCUGGUUCUCAACAAGAUGCUCCAGCCACACCAGGCCCCUGUCAGUUUCUCGGCCAUAGAGAGCUGUAGUCCAGUGCACGUGCCCAGAGUGGGCGCUCACGGAGGGGUGUACCUUUUCGACGAGUCUCGAGCAUCUUCACAGUGUUAUGGCUCGUUUAUCGCCAUUCCCAUAUUGGACCCCCGAGAGCAGGGACGAGCUAUUGGGGUGCUGGGUCUCGACACACUCCGAGAUUCAAACGACACACACCUGUUCUCACGCCAUGAGAUAGACUUCUACCAGGGCGUGAGCAGUGAAUUCAGCAGAGCUCUCCAGCACGUGGUGACUCGCUGCAGCAUGCUGCACAUUGUGGAGAGCGCCUCACUCUGGCUACACAGCAGAGUCUCUGCCAUUCACAGUAUCACCACCUAUCUGAUGGAGCCUUCAGAUGGACAGGGCAGUGACUACUCUCUGAGGAAGAUGAUGGUGAUGGAGGGAGGUUCUAGUCGCUCCCAUUGGCUCUCCCCUCCUCCUUCCUUACGGCGCUCAGAUCACUUCUCCAGAGACUACCUGUUCCAGUGCUGUGACACCUCCCAGGUUGGGCACUAUGUCAUGUUUGGGGCGUACAGACUGGUGCUCCCUGUGAGGGACUCAGCUGGGUGGGCCCUGGGGGUGGUGGACAUGGAGUUAGAAACCCUCUCAUUGGGCCACCAGAGGGGGCUGCAGCCCCACGAGCGCCGGGACCUGUCUGCUGCAGGGAAGGCACUGCAGGCUGCCUGUGUUCAGCUGCACAGAGAAAGCACUGAGCCGAGCAGGCAACACACACUGCUGGAGGCGAAGGGCCAGGGAGGGGAGCGGCGGGCGUCCAUCUUGUUUCUAUGUUUCAUGCUGGAGCACCUGCGCGUUCGCUGUGUGUCCGGAUUGGACCAAUCAAUUGUCGCGGCGCUCCAGAGCUCCCAGGAUGCAUCUCACCACUUCCAUGUCAGUCAAGUCGUGAAGGCGGUGCUUCUACUGUUGUACCCUGAAAGGGAGGGUACUAUCCAUACAGACGAUUGGGACCAAAUGAAGAUGAUGGUGAGCACUGAUCUGGGCUACAGGCUGGCCAGGUUUGAACCCUUAGCCAGGGCAGUGAGAGUGGACAGGGAGCUGGUCCACAGCUGCAUAGCAGGAGUUGAAAGGAGGGAGUUGGGGCAACAUGGAUCAUUACCACUGGAGGACUUGUAUGACUGGGUAUCCAUCUGUUUGUCUAUCUGUUCCUACUAGAUUCAAGUUUAUUCACUACGUACACAGGAUACAACAGGCAUAAAACAGUACAGUGAAAUUCUUACCUUGAGGUCUUUCCCAACAAUGCAGAGAUAAUAAAAAAUAAUAUAGAUAACAAUAGAACAUGAAAAAAUGUAAUUUAAUUAAAAACCACACAAGAACAGCGAUGUGAGUUAGAAACAUGAGAAUGCAAGUAUAUACAGGUCAGUGCUAGUACCUUAUUCGAUUUGCAGGGGUACUGGAGGGGUUGAGGUGGGUUUCUACAUAAAAAAAGUGACAGGUUGUAGGAUAUACAGUUGAAGUCGGAAGUUUACAUACACCUUAGCCAAAUACAUUUAAACUCAGUUUUUCACAAUUCCUGACAUUUAAUCCCAGUAAAAAUUCCCUGAGCUGGUGUAACUCAGUCAGGUUUGUAGGCCUCCUUGCUUGCACACACUUUUCAGUUAUGGCCUCACAUUUUCUAUAGGAUUGAGGUCAGGGCUUUGUGAUGGCCACUCCAAUAACUUGACUUUGUUGUCCUUAAGCCAUUUUGCCAUAACUUUGGAACUAUGCUUGGGGUCAUUAUCCAUUUGGAAGACCCCUUUGCGACCAAGCUUUAACUUCCUGACUGAUGUCUUGAGAUGUUGCUUCAAUAUAUCCACAUAAUUUUCCUCCCUUAUGAUGCCAUCUAUUUUGUGAAGUGCACUAGUCCCUCCUGCAGCAAAGCACCCCUCACAACAUGAUGCUGCCACCCCCGUGCUUCACAGUUGGGAUGGUGUUCUUCGGCUUGCAAGCCUCCCCCUUUUUCCUCCAAACAUAACAAUGGUCAUUAUGGCCAAACAGUUCUAUUUGUGUUUCAUCAGACCAGAGGACAUUUCUCCAAAAAGUACGAUCUUUGUCCCAAUGUGCAGUUGCAAACCGUUGUCUGGCUUUUUUUAAUGGCAGUUUUUGAGCAGUGGCUUUUUCCUUGCUGAGCGGCCUUUCAGGUUAUGUCGAUAUAGGACUCGUUUUACUGUGGAUAUAGAUACUUUUGUACUUGUUUCCUCCAGCAUCUUCACAAGGUCCUUUGCUGUUGUUCUGGGAUUGAUUUGCACUUUUUGCACCAAAGUACAUUCAUCUCUAGGAGACAGAAUGCGUUUCCGUCCUGAGCGGUAUGACGGCUGUGUGGUCCCAUGGUGUUUAUACUUGCGUACUAUUGUUUGUACAGACAAACGUGGUACCUUCAGGCAUUUGGAAAUUGCUCCCAAGGAUGAACUAAACUUAUGGAGGUCUACAAUUCUUUUUCUGAAGUCUUGGCAGAUUUCUUUUGAUUUUCCCAUGAUGUCAAGCAAAGAGGCACUGAGUUUUAAGGUAGGCCUUGAAAUACGUCCACGGGUACACCUCCAAUUGACUCAAAUGAUGUCAAUUAGCCUAUCAGAAGCUUCUAAAGCUAUGACAUAAUUUUCUGGAAUUUUCCAAGCUGUUUAAAGGCACAGUCAACUUAGUGUGUGUAAAAUUCUGACCCACUGGAAUUGUGAAACUGAAUUAUAAGUGAAAUUAUCUGUAUGUAUACAAUUGUUGGAAAAAUUACUUAUGUCAUGCACAAAGUAGAUGUCCUAACCAACUUGUCAAAACUAUAGUGUUAACAAAAAAUUUGUGGAGUGGUUAGGUACAUACCUAAGUGUUUGUAAUCUUCCGACUUCAACUGUACAUGUAAACAGUGCUGAAAAGUGACUGGAAGCAGGAAUAUAUAAAUACUUACGGUAAUACACUAAUUGUAAUAUAUGCAUGCAAACAGGAGUAAUAGUGACCAGUUGCAGGAUAAAUAGAUACAGUACUUCCAGAAAGUCUUCACACCCCUUGACCUUUUCCACAUGAAUUCAAAAUUGAUUAAAUUUAGAUUUUUUUGUCACUGGCCUAAACACAGUAACCCAUAAUGUCAACGUGUAUAGACGCAUAAUGUCAAAGUCAAAAUGUUUACAAAUUAAUAUAAAAUGAAAUGCUGGAAUUAAUGUCUUGAGUCAAUAAGUAUUCAACCCCAUUAUUAUGGCAAGUCUAAAUAAGUUCAGGAGUAUAAAUGUCCUUAAACAAGUCAAAUAAUAUGUUGCAAGGACUCACUGUGUGGAAUAAUAGUGUUUAACAUGCUUUUUUAAUGAGUACCUUAUCUCGGGACCCCACAUAUUCAAUUAGAUGUAAGGUCCCUCAGUCAAGCAGUUAAUUUCAAACACAGAUUCAACCACAAAGACCAGAGAGGUUUUUCCAAUACGUCUCAAAGAAGGGAACCUAUUGGUAGAUGGGUAAAAAAAAAAGAAGCAGACAUUGAAUAUCCCUUUGAGCAUGGUGAAGUUAUUAAUAACACUUUGGAUGGUGUAUCAAUACACCCAGUCACUAUAAAGAUACAGGCGUCCUUCCCAACUCAGUUGCCGGAGAGGAAGGAAACCGCUCAGUGAUUUCCCAAUGAGGCCAAUGGUGAACGGGUGUACAGUUACAGUUUAAUGGCUGCGAUAGGAGAAAACUGAGGAUGGAUCAACAACAUUGUAGUUACUCAACAAUACUAACCUAAUUGACAGAGUGAAAAGGAAGACUGUACAGAAUAAAAAUAGUACAAAACAUGCAUCCUGUUUGCAACAAGGCACUAAAGUAAUACUGCAAAAAAUGUGGCAAAGCAAUUAGAUUUUUGGCCUGAAUACAAAGUGUUAUGUUUGGGUGUCACGUUCCUGACCUGUUUCUAUAAGUUUUGUAUGUGUUAGUUGGUCAGGACGGGAGUUUGGGUGGGCAGUCUAUGUUUUCUGUUUCUAUGUUUGUUUAAGGGUUGCCUGGUAUGGCUCUCAAUUAGAGGCAGGUGUUUGGCGUUUCCUCUAAUUGAGAGUCAUAUUAAGGUAGGUGUUUUCACACUGUUUGUGGUGGGUGGUUGUCUCCUGUGUCUGUGUCUAUGUACGUUGCGCCACACGGGACUGUUUUUCUUUUUUUUUUCUUUUUUUCGGUUUAUGUAGUCUGUUCCUGUUUCAUGCGUUCUUCGGUAUAUGUACGUUCUUAUGUUCAGGUGCGUCUACGUCGUUUGUUGUUUUGUAGUUAAAGUGUUUUCGUGUUUUUUCGUCUUUACUUCAAUAAAUAUUAUGUCUUCAUACCUCGCUGCACAUUGGUCUUCCGAUCCCUCUCUCCUCUCCUCGUCCGAGGAGGAGGAAGAGCUAGAGCACCGUUACAUUGGGGCAAAUCCAAUAC